CUAGAAUGCGAUCGCCAGUCCUGCUGCUGGAUGACGGGCGCCCCCAUCAAGCACCCGCAGCGGCGCCGACGCAGAACACGGCAACGUCCAACGACGCCUUGCAACGACGUCCGGAUAAUCAAUAUGCGAUAUCCCAAUGCACUUGAGUGAAGUAUGGAACGACAUCGCCAACUAAUCUCUUUAUCCGGAUUCCUCAUGAAAUUCUAAAAAUAUGCGAGGUGUUACCCACAACUUGGUUUCCCUGCCCCAGAAUCCGACUCGCCGCCGCCACGACCUUUCUCCGUCGCCUCCAUGGACCAACCCCCAGAAAUGCCGUCAUCGCCGUCUCAUUCACACUCGACGUUGCGGCAACCCUCAUCUCUGCAACUUCUCCAGGAACAAUUGGGACCCAAGAAGUGGGAAAACCCCCUCGUGCCCGAGGCGACACGAGCGAAAUUCCGUGAUGCCCAACAGCUCGAUGUGUUCCAAUUUGUCGACACGGAAGGAAUGGUGACGGAUGCUGACGUACAGACUUUGCUCGAUGAUGUGGCGGAUGUAGACCUUGAUUAUAUCAAGAAGAUUUACACGGAGUCGCUGUUGUUUGACAAAGGCGCGAUGGCAAGCUUGACCAAUUGCUCCAUUGAGCCGUUGGACGAAUUUGACUCCGUGCUGACAUCGUCUCCGGAAACCAUCGCGACAUGGCGAGCACUAGGAUACAAUGCGAUCAAUCGUGGAGAAGUCGCCGCCAUGAUCUUGGCCGGUGGCCAGGGUACUCGGUUGGGGUUUGACGGCCCGAAAGGCAUGUACGACAUUGGUCUGCUGUCGAAGAAGAGCUUGUUCCAACUCUUUGCCGAACGAGUGCUACGCAUCCAGAAAAACGCGAAGAAGCACGGACGCAUCGCGCAUGACCCUGUUGUGCAGCUCUACAUCAUGACGAGCCGGAUGAACCACGACACGACGACAACAUUCUUUGAAGAGAACGAGUUCUUCGGACUCAAGGCGUCGCAAGUCACGUUCUUUCCGCAGGGUACUCUCCCGUGUUUGACGAAAACGGGGCACAUCAUGCUGGAAACUCCCCACAAGAUUGCGCGCGCGUCGGAUGGAAACGGAGGCGUGUUUACGGCCAUGCUAAAGCACAACGUCCUUCAAAAGAUGACCCAGGCUAACGUACAGCACCUUCACGUGUUUUCUGUCGACAAUGCGCUCAACAAGGUCGCGGACCCAGUGUUCCUCGGCUACUGCAUUGACAAGCAAGCGGAGAUUGGGAACAAAGUCGUGUGGAAGACUAAUCCGGAAGAAAAAGUGGGUGUCGUCGCGAAAAAGGACAACAAGUUUUGUGUCGUUGAAUACAGCGAACUCGACGCACAGAACGCGCAACUGGUCGACCAAACGACGGGAAAAUUGGUUUACGGCGCCGGUAACAUUUGCAACCACUACUUUUCAGUGCCUUUCCUCACGCGUACGCUGGCGACGCUGGACUUGCCGUACCACAUCGCGAUGAAAAACAUUCCGUCUGUCUCGCUGCAUGACACCACAAGCAAGACCUUUCCCGGUAUGAAGUUGGAAGCUUUUAUUUUCGACAUUUUCGCCGCUGCCACGCAAAUGGCGGUGCUGGAAGUUGCUCGAGAAGACGAAUUUGCCCCCGUCAAGAAUGCCAACGGAAACACGGACAAGGGGUAUACGGUGGAUUCGCCAGACUCGGCCCGCUACUUGUUGAGCUCCCAAGCCAAGCGUUGGGUUGAAGCGAUCGGCGGUGACCUCAAAUUGCAUUUGGUGACCAAAGGUGAGCUUGAAAAGCAAGGCAAGCGCUUGAAGCGAUGGUCGAAGCGGUUUGUCGAGUUUGAUGCAGCCACAAACUGUAUUACGACGUACAAGUCGGAGGAAACCAAGUCGAAGAAAGCCAAAACGUCGUCUGUCGUGAAGUGCGAGCUCGAGGAACAUUUAGGCGUGUCGGUGUUGCUCGGCAACGGGAAGGUGCUUAAGCUCAAAUGCCCGACCGAAGACGAUCAAAUCCACUGGAACCAAGUCAUCACGGAAGCAUUGCAACCCAACAUUGCUAACGAACGGUUGUUUGAGGUGUCGCCGCUCGUGUCAUACGAAGGGGAAGGUCUCGAAUACCUGAAAGGGCGCCAAUUUUCGUUGCCGUGUCACGUGUCGGAGAACUUUGCGCGUCGAUUGAGCAUGCACGUUCCGUCUUUUGCGUUUGUAUCCAACUCGAAGAUGAAGAGUAUUGUCGCAGAUGGCACCGAACUCGUCGUAUCAGAAGUUGAAAUCGCACCAAUUGUGGAGAAAACCCACGACAUCAUCAUCGAGACCAAGUUUGCUGCUGUGACCCCCCUCGACGUUCAGCUUCGCACGAAGGAGCCGGACGCUGUUCCUGGAUACGCCGUAUCUGGUGUAGUCUCAUCUGUGGGCAAUGAUGUGACCAAAUUUAAAGUUGGCGAUCGUGUGUGCGCAUUGGUCGCCAAGACAGGUUGGAACGAAUUUGUCAAAGUGCAAGAGAACGACUGCGUCGCCAAAUUGCCGCUGCGCAUGCCCCUGUCGUUGGCUGCGCAAGUUCCCGUCACGACAUUGAUAGCUCAGCAUCUCAAACAACACGUUCAAUCCGGUGAUCGCGUGCUCAUUGUGUCACAUGGUUAUGGCGAUAUUGGAUACGUCUUGCCGCAGCUGUGUGCAUCUGUCGGGGCGUCGUGGAUUGGGAUUUGGACCAACCAGCCCGAAAAGUUCGCAUUGCUUGACAUUCCCGUGGUCUCAAGCGUUGCCGAGGCGCAACAACUGGCCAAAGCGGCAACGAACAGCGACGUGAGCCUGGCAAUUGAUGUGAGCUUGACCCCGCAAGUCGUGGGGCCUAUCAAAACUGUGACCAUUCAAAACUUCGUUGGGUCUGUUCCGACCUUCACAGCGGCGGAUUUGAGCGGCAUGGUCGAUCGAAUUGCCAGCGACAUGUUAAGCUAUCCGUCGUCGAUGGUAAUCGAGAAGCCCUUCGCGUCGGUGGAAAUGACCUUGAAGUCGCUGUCGACGAGUGUCUCGCUCCGUGUGAACAUCCCCGUCAUCCCUCAAACCAUCAUCUCGAAACUCGAAGAGGCCAAACAAGACCAUGUGUUGAAGUUUUACCAAGCAGGCAAGCUCACCAAUUCCGAAAUCGACCAGUUGAUUGAAGAUUUGGAACAUUUGGACUUCGACCACUUGGGCUCGAUCUUCCAAACGAGCAUGAAGUCGGAUGGCGCGCCGUUGACGGGGUCGCUGGAGCCAUUAGACUCGACCGAUUCCAUCAGCACGACCCCCGCAGCUACACUCGCAGCAUGGCAAAAUAUCGGGACGGAAGCUAUCCGCCAAGGAAAAGUUGCGGCGUUGGUUCUGUCUGGUGGCCAAGGCACGCGAUUGGGCUUUGCUGGCCCGAAAGGCAUGUACAACAUCGGGUUGCCCUCCGAGAAGAGUUUGUUCCAGCUGUUCAGCGAACGCAUUCUUCGCCUUGAAGCGUUGGUUGGCGUCACGGGCAAAAUUCCGUUUUACAUCAUGACGAGUGUCAUGAAUCAUGACACGACCGAAGUCUUUUUCAAGCAACAUGAAUAUUUUGGGCUGCAGGCUUCGCAAGUCAUGUUCUUUCCCCAAGGGACGUUGCCAUGUUUUACCAAAGACGGGAAAUUGAUGCUGGAGAGCGCGGGCAAGCUCGCGACAGCGUCAGACGGCAAUGGUGGGGUUUACACGGCAUUGGAAAAGAGCGGGGCGCUUGCUCGCAUGAAGGAAGAAGGGACUGAGUACCUCCAUGUUUUUUCGGUGGACAAUGCCAUGUGCAAGGUCGCGGACCCGAUGUUCAUUGGAUAUUGCAUUGAAAAGAAUGCCGACUGCGGCAACAAAGUGGUGUGGAAGACUCGCCCAGAAGAAAGCGUCGGCAUCGUCGCCAAGCGCGGCGGUCAGUACUGUGUCGUCGAGUACAGUGAAAUGGAUAAACCAACGAGCGAACUCCGAGACCCCAACACGAACCAACUUCUUUACGGAGCGGCCAACAUUUGCAACCACUUUUACACUGUAUCGUUCUUGACCGAUGUCGUGCUGCCUCAAAUGAGCCUUCAAUACCACGUUGCUCACAAGAAAAUUCCCAUGGCCGACGAAAACGGCGUCACGGUCACGCCAACUGCAAACUCGGGCGUGAAGCUGGAAUCGUUUAUCUUUGACGUGUUCCCGCUGUCGCAGCGCAUGGCUGUACUCAGCUCAAACCGCGAAGAUGAGUUUUCCCCUGUCAAGAACGCACCUGGCAACCCUGUCGAUUCCCCAGAUUCUGCCCGGCAAAUGCUCCACGACCAAGCUACUCGUUGGUUGAAGGCCUCCACAUCGUACGAGUACCUGGAGAUCUCGCCGCUGGUGUCGUAUGCCGGGGAAGGCUUGGAUGCUUACAGAGCCGAUUUGCCAUUUGCCCGAGUACUUUGCUUAGACUCGAAGUCUCAUCCUGCUAACGCCCACUGUGUACCAACUGUGCUGCGUCAUCGUUUGGAAGAAUUUAAGCAGCAGCAUGUGUUGCACUUCAUUGACAGCGGCAAAGUAUCGAGAUACGAAGCUCAAUUGCUUCUUCAGGAUCUUGCGACAAUCGAUUUCUACCACCUGAAAGCCAGCUUCGAGCGAUCGAUGCAUGGUUCGGAUGGAGUUGACACGACUGGGGCGCUGGCUCCCCUAUCGGAAGAGGUCGCGAGUUUGGCGGACUCCAGCGCCGCGGACAAAGACAAGUGGACGCACGUUGGUAUGGACGCAAUUCGCAAUGGCCAAGUCGCCGCUUUGGUCUUGUCGGGAGGUCAAGGCACACGCCUGGGCUUUUCUGGCCCCAAAGGCAUGUACAACAUUGGUUUGCCGAGUGGAAAAUCGCUGUUUGAAUUGUUUGCGUUGCGAUUGCUCAAGCUACAAAACGAAAGCAGUGGGAUCAUUCCAUGGUUCAUCAUGACCAGCAUGCUCAACCACGAAACGACCGUUGCGUUCUUCGAGAAGAACUUGUACUUCGGCUUGAAGGCAGCACAAGUGAUUUUCUUUUCGCAAGGCACACUUCCCUGCCUGACCGUCGAAGGCAAGCUGAUGCUGGAAACGCCCAGUAAACUCAGCCGUGCCCCGGACGGCAAUGGGGGAAUCUAUCGAGCCCUCGUCGACUCUGGCGCAUUGACCCAAAUGGAAACACUCGGCGUCAAGUACUUGCACGUGUUUUCGGUGGACAAUGCGAUCUGCAAAGUUGCGGACCCAGUCUUCCUUGGUUACUGCAUUGCCAAGCAAGCCGAUUGCGGCAACAAAGUUGUGUGGAAGUCGCGCCCGGAAGAAAGCGUCGGUGUCGUCGCAAAGCGUGGUGGGCAGUACUGCGUCGUAGAGUACAGUGAAAUGGACAAGGCCACAAGCGAGUUGCGACACCCAGACACAAACCAACUGCUCUACGGGGCCGCGAACAUUUGCAACCACUUUUAUUCCUUGGAGUUUUUGCAAAAGUGCUGCCGCGGCGACAACAUGAACGUGUACCACGUUGCCCACAAGAAGAUUCCAUACGUGAGCUUGGAGACCGGCCAACUCGUCGCGCCUUCGUCCAACUCGGGCAUCAAAUUGGAAGCGUUCAUUUUUGACGUCUUCCAGUACGCCACAGCGAUGCAGGUGUUUGAAGUGACACGGGACGAAGAAUUCGCCCCGGUCAAGAAUGCCAAGGGCAAUGCCGUCGAUUCUCCCGACACGGCUUGCGAAUUGAUUUCAAACGCUGCGAAGAAGUGGAUCCUUGCGGCCGGGGGCUCGUUCGACCCUGAAACGUCGGGAUUGUGCGAAGUUUUGCCUACCGUGUCGUAUGGUGGGGAAGGCCUGAAGGAAUUGGUGUUUGCGAACAUGAAGCUGCCUCUAUUGUUGGACUCGAGCCGACCAAAGGGACGCCGAACGUCAUCCGCAUCCAACAUUCAUCCGAGUCGACCGGAAGACAAUGCGGCGAACCAGCCCCCCCUCCGCCAGCCAUUCUUAUCCGACCCAACGUCGACGUCGGUGGGCAACGACCGACCCAAGAAUGCCAAGAAAAAGUGCGUGAUUCAAUAAGGACCAAGCCAACGCGUUUCGUUUAUAUCUCGCGUGUCACGUUUCCACAACCAACCGACAACUGGACGAAUUUCGGAAGACUUUUGCCAUGUGUUGUGGGGACGUAUUCAUGCUGUUAAAACGUCUCGGGCGUUCGUUUAGCGCAUGUUUUCUGCGACAGAUUGAAAGUUUAAACAGACGUGGUAGACACGUUAAUUAGUAUAACUUAUAUCAGGGGGAUGGGCCAACAAGCCACAUG